AUCAGUCUGUUUUCGAAGAGAAAUGUGGUGUUACGGGUGCGACUGAUGUUUUCGCACAUGUGAUUUAUUUUGUGGUUUCUGUUUAUAAGUGACAAUCUAAAAUGACAUUGCUUCAAUUACGGAAUGAUCGAAACCAAUUUUUCUAUACGAUAUAGUUGAGGAAAUUUUUUAAUUAGCGAAUUAGUAGAAACGUCGGCGCGGCGUUAAAUGACGAUGAAAUUAUUUUUGUACUUGUUUAUGGUGAUCAAUUUUCAAAAUUUAAUUAGUGCACAUUAUACACAUCAAUGGGCUGUGCAUAUUAACGGUGGCCAAGAUGUGGCCGACGAAGUAGCUAACGAUCAUGGAUUUAUUAAUCACGGACUGAUAUUUGAAGACUAUUAUUUAUUUUCACAUAGCGGGGUGGAAAAACGAUCUCUGACGCCGAAUUCGAAAACUAACGCUAGGUUAGACGAUGACGAAAGGGUCCACUGGGCCGAGCAGCAAGAGGCCAGAAAGCGCGUCAAGCGAGAUCUAAAAUAUCUCGAUAACGAUCCGCUAUGGCCAAAAAUGUGGUAUUUGAACAGGGGGAACGGUUUGGAUAUGAACGUUAUUCCAGCCUGGAAUGAUGGCAUAACUGGGAAGGGAGCUGUUGUUACCAUUUUGGACGAUGGUUUGGAGAAGGAUCACCCAGAUUUGGUGCAAAAUUACGAUCCCUUGGCUUCCUAUGAUGUAAACAACCAGGAUUCAGAUCCAAGCCCCCGAUACGAUAUGGUCGAUUCCAAUCGGCAUGGUACCAGAUGCGCAGGUGAAGUGGCUGCUACCAGCAAUAACAGCAUAUGUGCAUUGGGAAUAGCGCAUGGGGCACAAGUUGGCGGCGUACGGAUGUUGGACGGUGACGUAACUGACGCAGUCGAGGCUCGAUCUCUUAGCCUGAAUCCCCAACAUAUUGAUAUUUAUAGUGCCUCAUGGGGACCGGACGAUGACGGCAAAACGGUCGACGGGCCCGGAGAGCUCGCCACCAGGGCAUUCAUCGAGGGAGUCACUAAGGGCCGUAGUGGUAAAGGUUCAAUAUUUGUUUGGGCUUCAGGCAACGGUGGAAGAGACCACGACAAUUGUAACUGCGAUGGCUACACAAACUCCAUUUACAGUCUUUCGAUAUCGAGCGCGACAGAGAAAGGCCAAGUGCCGUGGUACAGCGAGGCGUGCAGUUCCACGCUAGCCACCACUUACAGCAGCGGCGCCCUGGGCGACCGCCAAGUCGUCACCACGGACCUGCGCCACUCGUGCACCAGCAGCCACACCGGCACCAGCGCCUCGGCGCCUUUGGCCGCCGGAAUCUGCGCCUUGGCCCUGGAAGCCAACCAAAAUUUAACCUGGAGAGACAUGCAGCAUAUCGUGGUCAGGACUGCGAGGCCGGAAAAUUUGAUCGCCAACGACUGGCAAACAAACGGCGUGGGCAGAAAUGUCUCUCACAGCUUUGGUUAUGGACUUAUGGACGCUCAUGCUAUGGUUAAGCUGGCCAAAAGAUGGACUACAGUGCCCGAGCAGCACAAGUGCGAGAUCACUGCCCCGCAAGGCACCAAACCGAUCCCGGCUAAAAGCAGCACGACAUUGGAGCUGGACGUGUCCGAUUGCCCCGGCGUGGAAGUUUUAGAGCAUGUGCAAGCAAAAUUAACGAUCUACUCGCAACGACGCGGUGAUUUGAACAUACAGUUAACCUCACCAAUGGGCACCAAGGUGACCCUAUUGGCCAAUAGAUUGCACGAUAACUCCAGGUCUGGCUUUACCUUUUGGCCUUUUAUGUCCGUCCAUUCGUGGGGGGAGAACCCCAAGGGACAGUGGCUGUUGGAGAUUCAUAACGAUGGAAGACUUUUGGCCGAAUUUCGCAAUUGGAACAUGACUUUUUACGGAACAGUCACUGAACCAACAUACGAUUUGGAAAACGGCGGUUCGAAUCCCGCACUGACAUCAAAAACGUUUGCCGAUGAAUUUUCACAUAAUUCCGUGGACGAGGUCUCGCCCAACUGGAAAGUGGGAGCUGAGAAUCGCAAGGAUACGUUGGAGGUCGAGGAGGAAGAAAAGAGCACAACUAAAUCGAGUUGUGCGAAACUGAGUGGGAAUAUGUGUUUAGAAUGUAGAAAAGGAUAUACCCUAAUAGAAGGAUUUUGUUUGAAGAGCUGCCCUGAAAAAUUAUUCCCAAGUCCCAACGAAAGGGUCAGAUGUUUGCCAUGCCAUUACACUUGCAAAAAUUGCAAAGGCUCUCUAGAUUACGAUUGUACUGAAUGUUAUGAUGAUGCCAAAUUAUACAAUAUUUCAUCAAACGAGAAAUAUUGCUACCCCAUUAAGUUAAUACCUAAUAUAAGCAAAGUGCAAAAAUUAGAAUAUUUUAUCAUAAUCACCGUUGUUUUAAUCGUUGUUGUUUUGUCCAUUUAUUUGUGUAUGAAAAAGAAGAAUCAGGACCACAACUAUGAGAUUGUCAAAGAUAUUAGAAGCAUCGAAAAAAACGUGCAAAACAAACUUUACGACGAAGUGAAUAGUGACAGUGAUUAAAUAAAUUAAUAAACCUAUAUUUAUCUA